GUAAAUGUCUUGGUAGCGCUCACACUCCAGCUGAUCGGCCUCGGCUCCCGGUGCGGUCCGACGGACUGUACGCGGCUGUUAAUAAAUUCUCGAGUUAUUUUUGCCCGUUAAUCUGAAAACAUAAUAUCAGCCCGUGCUCUCGGUGACGUGAGCGUCGUGUGUUGAGUUCUUUGAACCGAGGAUUAUAUUAUAAAGCGCACUUGGGGAAACGGCUGGCUGAGGAAUUUCCCCCACAACAAACAGGCCGCUAGCUCAUCCCCGGUCUUUCUUUAGAGGAGGUCGCCGAUUUUCACACUUCGCCAUGGGGGACACAGGGAGCGAACGGAGCAAGCCACCGAGUAACGUUAUACCUCCGCGGUGUCCUUGUGGAUUUUGGGGGUCGAGCAAAACCAUGAACCUCUGCUCCAAAUGUUUUGCAGACAUCCAGAAGAAGCAACCAGACUGCGCUUCAGAGCCCACCCCCAGCUCCAGCAAUAGCCAAUCAGCCGUCUUCUGUAACGAGACAAGCAGCAGCAGUAGCCAAACCAUGUCCUCCGGCUCCGAGGGGCCGUCCACAGAUGCCACGCCUCUCUCCAAACAGGAAGAAGUCUCGAGUACAGACACAGCCCGAGGCACGCUAUCUACUCCCACGAAACGGCCCUGUGAUACAGCCUCAGGUUCAGAGAGCGAGGCCUCCCCGGAGAAGCGGGUGCGUGUCGGCGAGUCCUCUGAAGAAUCCCAGCGAGGGCCUAAGCAGAAGAACCGCAGACGUUGCCAUCGCUGCCAAACCAAACUCGAGCUUGUACAGCAGGAGCUGGGAUCAUGCCGCUGUGGAUACGUAUUCUGCAUGCUGCACCGGCUGCCCGAGCAGCACGACUGCCUGUUUGACCACUUGGGUCGCGGGAGAGAGGAAGCUGUACUCAAGAUGGUCAAGCUGGACCGUAAGGUGGGCCGAUCCUGCCAGCGCAUUGGAGAGGAGUGUUCCUGAACACGCACACCUGCAUACACACGCAUACACACACACACACACACACACACACAUAAUGUAUUCUCCCCUUCCAGUCUUAUGUCCCCUGAUUCAACUGAGGCCAGUGGUGCUUAGAUCCUCAGUGCUGAACAAUGCAACACACACACACACACACCACUCACUUAGCACUGCUCUCUCUCUCUCUCUCUCUCUCUCUCUCUCUCUCUCUCAUUCUCUUACAUACACACACACACACGCAAACUCAUGGCCGUGACACUCCUCAAAACUGUCUUAAUCUCCUUCCUAUGGAUCUUGUUGGAAGAACACCAUCCCAAAAAAAAGAAUGGAGAAUCAUCUACUGGCGUUUUGGCAUGCUGCCAUCGUCUGUUUUUUUUUUUUUUUUAUCCCCCGUUGCCAGUUUCAAUUCUGCAGUUCAAAACUUUGUUCAAAAAUUAUUGUUAUCUCAAUUUAGGUUGUCAUAUAUAGAUCACUAGGUCAUUGGUCAUUCCCAACAUGAAAAUCUUCAUCAGGCCACAAAGCUGAGGAAAGCGUGAUCUGUGAUCAGGACCAACCUUCGACCUCACGAGAGGAAUCAGGUUUCACCUGCUAACCUCCCGACACCCUGACCACCGUUCAUCCUCAACCUCCUUCGGUCCAUUUUGCCUCCAGAUGCUGUUACUGAUAUUCAUCCUGAUUUUACGACUUCCUCCCAAUUGGUUUUUGAAUCGGAAAUGGAGUUUGACGUGGAUGACGCACCCUCACGUCCUUUUAUGACCUUGCCCUUUGCUGUCACUUUAGUGGCAGUGCUAUGCCUCUAUUACUCAUACUCUUUCCCCCGCACACAAACACACACUCACACAAGUUAUUUUAUGUUCAUAUACACACAAACCACAUGUGGUCUGUGUGUGCCCAGCACACGGACAGAAGCUAAAUCGGUACCCUUCGGACCGGGUUCAUUCGGGAUUGUGCGCCCCAGGGCUUUAUGGGAACUGUAGUUCAGGUCUACAUUACACUUCUGUAUACUUACAGCUCCACUCAGACCCCAUAUGAUGUAUUUAGUGAUGCUCUGCCUCCAGAAAGCUGCAGUUCUCAACAUGAUUCGUUCCUUCAUUCACAUCUUUCCUCCCCUUCCUCCUGUUCUGGCCCUUCUUUCCAUUCAUCCUUCACUUUUCUUCUCACUUCCAGUUUUGCACUUUCCCUCUCGUUUUUCCCCCCGAACACAGCCAUCUUGUUUGUCACGUUUUCCAAGUGGCUUUAGGAGGGACUGGCUUUUGAAGGUUGGAGGCAGAGUGCUGAAUAUACCAAUCUUUUUUUUUCUUUUUUUUUUUUUUCCCUUUUUUUAAAAGCUGUUUUAUUUUUUUCUGUUGAAAGGACAGAGCCGAAGACAAUAAGUGAAUAUCCUGUAUCUUAAAGAAAUCCUUAUUUAACCAUCUUUGUGUUUCUGAUUAACUCGCACUAGCAUAGAGCUGCGUUUUUUUUCCCUCUUUAGGUUAACAUUGUUAAAGAGAUAAAAAGCAGUAUGGAUAAGAUAAUUCUGUAGCCUUUCUUUGGGUUUAUUUGUUUUUUUGUUUUUUUUUCUCCUUUUUUUCUCCUUUCCUUCUUUUUGCUGAAAAAGAAUAAACUGGAUUAGUGAA